UGCCCGCUCUUUUCUCAUCGUCCUCAUUACAAAAACCUCUUUCAGAGCUUAAUGUCAAUUCCUGACAUGGACAUAAUGAACGCUAAGGCGUUCAAAAAUGUCGUCUCGGCUUAUAUGCAAGGGUUUCAAUUCUUGGUCGAACAUUUGGACCAGGAGGUCGAGUUUAGAAAGGAGUUGGAUAGAAUCUACAAUGUUCACUCAAAACGAGGGAUCAGGGACAUGCCAUAUGCUGAAAGUGGUGAAAGCCCUGCGUUUCAGAUGCUGUUCGUAUGCUUCGUCGAAACUCUGCAGAACAGGGGUAUGACGGUGGACAUCGAUAUGCAGAAGGCGUGGCAGAAAUUAUUUGACCUCGUUGCUGACCCGACGCUUAUGACCACUGCCGCUGAAUGA